AUGCUGGUGACGGGACUCUCCCACAAUGCGGUCGAUGUGCGCGAACAGGGCGCGCGUGUGCACGAGACCAAAAACAGGCGCAAUUCCGCCAUGCGAGAGGUCGAGAGCAUAGGACUCGGUUCCCACCUAAUCAGGUCUGGCUUAGACCGCCACCUCGAGGUUGGUCCCAACUACGCUGGCAUGGACCGCGUGGACUUUGUACUGGAAUCGGGAAAUGGAGAGCUAGAUGAAACGGUGAAUCUAUCUGUUAUCGAUGUUGAAUCUGAGAACGAGGAUUCCUUUGCCGAUCGCAAUAAAAUUUCCAGCCCAGAGAUAUCCGCGCUUCCCGAGCCAGGUGUGCAGGAAGUAGGACAUAUAUCCAACCAUCGACUUGAAGCCGAUCGAUAUGAGUAUUCCAAUUAUGGGCAAAUCAGAAGGAAUUCAGACUCAGAGGCCAGGACGCGUUCUUGGCCAUUGAGAGACCCAGAAGAGGCAUCCCUCUUGAUGCAUUUCGUGGAUCAAAUUUCAUCAUUUUUCGACUGCACCGACCGGCAACAGCAUUUUGCUGUUCAUAUACCCUAUCGCGCACGUUAUUGUGAUACCUUGUUUAACGCGAUCAUGGCAUUGUCCGCCCGUCACUUAAGUUGCACUACUGCCUUCGACACAUUUGUAUCAGAUCGCUACUACCAAGCGUGCCUCAAGACGUUGAUUCCAGCGUUAGAUAACCAUGGGGUCACCAUGAAUGAUGAUCUGCUGGCUGCGACCGUGAUUCUCCGACUGUUAGAGGAGUUCGAUGGGUCCUCCCCGUCCGCUACGACCACUCCAAGCUUACGGCAAGCUGUCUACUGGAGUGGACUUCGCCAGGAAAUUUAUAAUGCACUGAGCCUGCAACAGGCUCCGGAUAUCGAUCUCAGUUCUCUCCACUCUCUAUUUUCCGCACUGGGGCCGGAUGCUGGAGACUGUGCCUGGGCCAACCAAGCGAUCGCCCACUGCGCAGAUGUUCUCCUCUUCUCGUUUGGCACGGGCCUACGCUCAGUGGCUGAGCAUGACAAUCUACGAAAGCAAACUGAUGAAUGGAGCGCCGGGCGACCAGCAUCCUUCGACCCUUAUUUUGUAGGCGAGGAGGUUGAGGUAGGUGUUGCGUUUCCUGAUAUUCGUUUUAGCUCUCCCUGGCAUGCGAUCGGAAACCAAUAUAACGAACUGGCCCGGGUUCUCCUCUCAGUGCACAACCCUGGUAUCCCGACCUUUGGGCCUAUGCGAAGGCGAUUAGUGGAGGAGGCCGAUUCCCAAAUCCGUAAGGGGGUGUGGACCGUGUGUGGUGUGGCGCUAUCUAACUCUUCUGUCCCUCCUGCGAUGGUUGUGGGAUGCAUGGCGAUUCAUCUCUGUGGUGAUCGAUUCACAGAUCGACAGGAACAGAAUCGGUUAAUCCAAGUUUUGACCAAAACCUCCGAUCGGCACGGCUGGCCAACCCAUUUCCUAGAGCGUCAACUUCGCGAAACAUGGGACAUGGCAUGA